GUGAAACGUUUAUCGAGCAAUGAUUUCGCAUCACGUGUUCGCGUUGGUGCCGUAUCGUUCCACUCAACUGCAGAAUUGCAAUUCGCAUUUGAUCAGUACAAAGAACAAUCAAAGGUGCUCAAUGCCCUAAUGAAGAUUGAGCAUUUUGGUGGAAGCACAUCAGCAGUUAGCGGUGUCAACUUGGCUGUCGACGAGAUCACACGAACCGGCCGGAAAGAUGCUAGACGCAUGGUAGUUCUGAUAUCAGACGGUAACAGUCAAGAUCCUUGGGAUGAUGUCUUGAAGGCAGCCGAUCGUCUGCGCUCAAUUGGUGCCGAUGUCUAUGCGGUUACAGUCAGUCAUGAUUAUAUGAUUCGCGAACUUGAGCAAUAUGCUGGCAACAAAUGGCUGGUGUACAUUGAUGCUCGGAUAAGGCAAUUCCUGGACGAAGCCGAAAAAUCUGUAACGCAAUGCGUUGGACCAAAUAUCCCUUCCUCCACUCCUCCGCCAAGGGUAUAUUCAGCUCUCUGUUUUUAG